CCCAGUGCAUCUGCUCGAGUCACGGGCAGCUUCACACUCGCCGGCUACUCUCUGUCAGACGGCUCCGCAUUUCGAUACAUCGCUCUAGCAUUAUUCUAGCCUCUUCAUAGCCCAACUCUAUUUCGCGACGCUGUCUAAACAUGAGCAUGCCCAUUGCGGUGCCAUCUGCGUUUUUUGCCUCCUGUCACGGGGAGUAGACCCGGAGCUGGGGAGAGGGAGAAAAACCUCUCUCUUCUCUCACCAUCACUUGCCCAAUCUCACACGGGCAGUGGUUGCGAACCGACAGUGAAGGACAGAGUUAAUUAAAGCGUAUUUAUUUAACCUUUCUCUUUGAAACAAACUCGCGCAUCCUGCCUCGUACUCCGGGAAUUGGUUGGGUCCAGAGGAAAGGAAGGGAAACGUUAAGUUUUUUUGUUGUUGCUGUCGUGGAAAUUAUUCGGAAGGGCUCCGUUUUCUCCUCGAAAUUGCUCUAGCUAAUACAUUCACGAACCCUGGAUUAUGGAUGUGGAGUCGGUGGAGAAGGAGUGCGGGGCACUUGGUGGGCUUUUCCAAGCGAUUGUCAAUGACAUGAAGUGCUCAUACCCUGUGUGGGAGGACUUCAGUGCCAAGGCCACCAAGCUGCACUCCCAGCUCCGGACCACAGUACUGGCUGCGGUGGCCUUCCUGGAUGCCUUUCAGAAGGUGGCCGACAUGGCAACCAACACCAGAGGGGCCACCAGGGACAUUGGGUCGGCGCUGACCCGCAUGUGUAUGAGGCAUCGCAGCAUUGAGGCCAAACUGCGCCACUUCACCAAUGCUCUGAUGGAGAGCCUGAUCACACCCCUCCAGGACCGCAUAGAGGACUGGAAGAAGACGGCCAACCAGCUGGACAAGGACCACGCCAAAGAGUACAAGCGGUCUCGUCACGAGAUAAAGAAGAAGUCCUCCGACACCAUGAAGCUGCAGAAGAAGGCUCGCAAAGGCCGAGGGGACCUGCAGCCCCAGCUGGACAGCGCCAUGCAGGACGUGAACGACAUGUACCUGCUGAUGGAGGAGACGGAGAAGCAGGCGGUGCGCCGCGCCCUGGUGGAGGAGAGGGGGCGCUUCUGCACCUUCAUCGGCUUCCUGCAGCCUGUGGUGAAUGGAGAGAUUGCCAUGCUGGGAGAGAUCACUCACCUCCAGGCCAUUAUUGAUGACCUCACUGUGCUGACCACUGACCCCCACAAACUGCCUCCUGCCAGCGAGCAGGUAAUCAAGGAUCUGAAGGGCUCGGACUACAGCUGGACUUACCAGACCCCUCCCUCAUCCCCCAGCAGCUCUGGCUCCCGAAAGAGCAGCAUGUGCAGCAGCGUGAACAGCGCCCACAGUAGCGCCUCUCGCUCGUCCGGAGGCUCGCAGACUCACUCACCCAGUUCAUCCUGUCGCUACCGCAGCCUGGCGCAGCCGCCACCAGGGGGAGCCCACCGCCUCAGCAGCGUCUCCUCACACGACUCCGGCUUCAUCUCGCAGGACGCCAACGUCUACUCCAAGCCUCCCUCGCCCAUGCCCUCGGACAUCACCAGCCAAAAAUCUUCAAGUUCGGCAUCUUCAGAGGCAUCAGAGACCUGCCAGUCAGUGAGUGAGUGCAGCUCGCCUACAACGGACUGGUCCAAGCAAGGCGCGUGCGAGCAGCCUCUGGCCACCACGCUCCAGAGGAGGAAGGAGCCGGUGGACCGGCCCCGGGAGGCCGAGGUGGCGGCCGGCUCUCAGGGCUACACCGCCAUGCACCCGGAGGACCCGCAGCGGCACAGGAUGCACCCGGCCUCCAUCGCUGCCAAGCAUGGGGAUGAGGUGUCCCCUGCGGCGAGUGAGCUGGCCAUGGUGCUGACGCGUGGGCUGAGCAUGGAGGGCCAGAAGAGCAGCCGCGACUCCCUGCAGUACUCCAGCGGCUACAGCACCCAGACCACCACCCCCUCCUGCUCCGAGGACACCAUCCCCUCACAAGGGUCCGACUACGACUGCUACUCCGUGAACGGCGACGCGGAGGCAGACGGCCAGGCCGACUUUGACAAGUCCUCCACCAUCCCGCGCCACAGCAACAUCGCCCAGAACUACCGCCGCAUGAUCCAGACCAAGCGGCCCGCCAGCACGGCCGGCCUGCCCAGCGGGGGGGCGGGCGCUCAGGGAGGGGGGGCAUCAGGGGGCGGCGUGGGCACCCCGGGCACCGCCACCAUCCGCCGCACGCCCUCCACCAAGCCCGGCGUGCGCCGCACCCUGUCCAGCGCCGGGCCCAUCCCCAUCCGGCCGCCCAUCGUGCCCGUGAAGACGCCCACUGUGCCGGACUCGCCGGGCGGCGGUGGCGGCGGUGGCGGUGGCGGUGGCGGCGGUGGCGGUGGGGGGUACCCGGGCCCUCCGGUGCGCGUGGGCAGCGAGGAGUGCGUGUUCUUCGCGGCGGACGACGGCACGGCCGGCGCGCUGGAGUACGUCAAGGCCUCGCCCAAGCGCCUGAGCCUGCCCAACACGGCCUGGGCCAGCGGCGGCGCGGAGAUGAGCGUCUACGGGCACCACGGCGGGCACCACGAGGAGGACCAGCUGCUCGCCGCCAACCGCCACAGCCUGGUGGAGAAGAUCGGCGAGCUGGUGGCCAGCGCCCACGCCCUGGGCGAGGGCCAGUUCCCCUUCCCCUCGCUGCCCGACGACCCCCCGCCCGGCCCCACCGGGCAGCACCAGUCCAGGGCGCGCGACGGCGAGGACAUGCUGGUGACCAUCCGCCGCGGCAUCCGGCUCCGCAAGACCGUCUCCAACGACAGGUCAGCGCCCAGGAUUUUGUGAUGGUCGACAGGUCCUGAAGGGGCAGGAAGACAGGGAACGUCACUGACCCCAUGGACUCCCCUGCCAACCCCCACCACCCUCUGACUAUGUAGAGAAUGACAUACGAAAAGAGGCUUAAACAUAAUAAUAAUAAUAAUAAAAAAAAGAGUCGUUAGAGUAAAUAAAUAAUAGCAAAAAAAAAAAAACGUAAUGAUAAUUAAUGAAGUAAAUAAUGCCGUAUUGAGAGGUUGAUGCCUCCGUAACUUUAGCGUGUCUGGACGCAUGUUUGUCUUAUUAACACCAUCACCACUAGGGGGAGACUCGCACUGGAGCUGGACGCUGGGACUGUUGAGAGACCGAGGAACCUGCUCUUCCUGCCAAAUUAACCUCCCUUACACACACACUCACACACACACACAAAAACACAAAUCUACAUACACACAUACACUCUGCCAAUGCCAAUACCCCCAGUGCCACCCCCUCACCCUCUAUGUAGAGACAUGGAGGGCUACAGCAGGGUGUUGAGAGCUAGUAGAUGGAGGUUGCUUUCGGGGCUUGCUUGUGAAAGCUCGUCUCACUUGCUCCCAGGUCCCACCCUCCCUCCUAUAGAAGCCCAGGUCUGAGGCUCUGCAUCACCCCACUGGCACACACCGUGGUAGCUUAGCCCUUAGCUGUUGUCUGUGAUUGGUUUGAGUGUCUGUCAGUUUUGGCUGGAGGGGUGCAGGGGGCUCUGCUGCAGGUCAG